GUCCGUUUGGUUGUUUUUAGUUCUUUGUUUGGCCUGGUUGGUUUGCCCGGAGCCCAUGAGGGGAUAAGCCUGCAGCCGCCCGCCAGCAGAGCUGACUGGCGGCCACCACAGCCACGAGGGUUCCUGGUCCCCAGCGCCACAAGAAGGCCAGCCCACCAGCCCAGCCACCCCACCACAGCCCCUGGAACAGCCCAAGCCGGUGACGCCCCCACCAGCCAGCAGAGCACACCUGCCCUGGGUCAAGCUAAUUAGACCUGGCCAAUUGGAUAAUUGGUUAAGAAUUAGAUAAUUGGCCAGGCUAAUUGGGCCCAGGAACAGGAGUGGCUGCAUCUGUGCGUAGUGAGGUAAUCACUGCGCACAGGUUAAAUCUGCCAUCCCCACUCACACGGGGAGCUUCGGUCAUGACUGGGUUACAUCUGCUCACUUUGGCUGUUACCAUCUUGCCAAACCCUCGUGGAAUAAAUCUGGACUGCUUGAACAUCAUCUCCCUGUGUCUCUGUGCUGGAGGGCCCCAAGGAAAGCCACUUCGGUGGCCUGUGGCAGGCGUGUUUGCCACAAUUACAUUACAGGCAUUUGGCAGACGCUCUUUCCGGUUUGUUUGGCCCAUUGGCAGCACUUCAAAUGGGAAUCCUAAAAUCCUUUACAAACUUAAAAAAAAAAAAAAAAAAAACACUUAAUGUAGAUGUCUUCAAGCCAUGAUGUGGAGUAUGCAAACCCUGGAAUAAAGGAACAACCCACAGAUUACCCUCGCACAGGACAGAAGACAAGAAAAAAGAAAGAAUAGAUGAGACAGUCCAUGGUCCAUUUGUAUUGAGAUUAUAAGAUGUCCAGCUCUUUCUCAACAGCCAAUGGAGUGGUGGUCGUUACCCAGGUGUACCCACGGGAAUUUGGCACUGCUGUAACCACUCCCUGCACUAUCCCCAAAGCUUCCUCUGUGCUGGACAAGUUUCUGAAAGUCGAGCCUAAGGCACUUGGGACUGUACAAAUAAUGAUCGGUGUGGUGGAGAUAUUAUUUGGCAUCAGCAUGCAUGUAUACAUUUCCAUAUAUGGUGACUUAAAGGCUACCAUUACUGGGAUCACUUUCUGGGGAGCACUUAUUUACAUUUCCUCAGGAGCUCUGAGUGUUGCCGCUAACAACAAACUCAACAAAUGCCUGGUUAAAGGAGCACUUGGUAUUAACAUCUUUAGCACCAUUACUUCUGGCAUUGCUAUCAUCCUUAACUGCCUGGACAUUGCUAUUGAAAGAAGUUAUUACUACAGCAAUGUUUACUUCAACUUCUCACAUUGCAUAUGUGAGCCUACAUUUCAGAUCGAGUCACAUUGGAUGACAGGAGUGCUGUUAGUGUUCUCCAUCCUGGAGUUUAUCAUCUCCAUCUGUGUGUCAGCAUUCGCCUGUGGGGCAGUGUGUGACUGUACCCCUGAGGAAGUCGUAAUCAUGCAACAUCCAAGCACUGAAGGCAAUACUGCCCCACCAGAAAAUCUACAGCUGUCCAUUUCAACACAACCAUAUGAGGCAUAUGAGACAAUAUCCCCCAGCAUGGCUCAAAACCAGCCUGAUGUCUUCAUCAAGAGUCAACAGAAUCCUCUGGAAUAUGUCACAGUCCCCCCAUGAGACAAAGAUCAGAUUGAGUACUGUUAUCAAUAGACAUGUUCAUAUGGUUCGUCUUUUCACAAAACUUUAUUAGUGUUGAGUUGCCUAUACUCUAGAUAUCCUGUAUCCCCAAUACUUUAAUCACUGAUAUUGCAUAUAUUUUUUCAAAAAAGGAAUAUGCAAUUAGACAGUUUUUGAUCAGAAUCAUGUGCAUUACAAAAUAUCUUAUAAACAAAGCAGCACUCCCGUAUAAAUCAAGAACACCCAGUAAGUUCUACGUUAUGAAUGAAUGGCUUGAGCCACUAAAGAAAUAUAUGAUUAAUUCAAAUGACAUACAUGCAGGGUCAAUAUGAUUUUCUACCUUCCAUACCUUUACAAUGUAAAUCUUGCUAUAUUAUGCACAAAUCUCCAGCAGGUCCAAUGAUACCAUUUCCUUGCAUGUUUAUGUUUACUCAUAGAAUCAGACUGGGAGACUUUAUUGUCAGCAUUUAUUGUGUCGAGACAGACUUGAUCCCUUUACAGAUAUGAACUGGGGAAUCAGUGGUGGAGUAAGUGGAAAAAUAGUUUCUUUGUUAUUCUGUAGCUACUGUAUUUCCUGAUUUAAUCAUUAUAGUGUGGUAUUCAUCUUUAGAGUAGAUAUUAACUAACUUUUGUGGCUUCAUUCUGUUCCUUUAUGUUUUGGCAAACAAAACAGGCAUUGAGGCCCAACUUGUAUUUCCUACCAGCAAUGUUUUAAUCAUAAUGUUGAGCUGUGCAUCUUUAGAGUACAUAUUAACUAACUUUUAUGGCUUCAUUAUGUUCCUUUUUUGUUUGUUCUGCCUUUUCCUUACUAAACCUAAACAAUAAAACCUGUGUUGGAUUAAUAAGGACCUUGUGCUACAUGCAUGAGGUGCUUUUAAACAAGCCUCACCUGUUUAAGAGCAGAUCUACUCAUAGUGAUUCUGUAAAUACUGAUCCCGCUAACACAGAGACUUUACUUACAAGUGUGACAACAAAGAAUCUCCUUAGCAGUUUUCCACUGUGAGGCAAAAUUCGCCUGGAGUUCUGCAGUACCUGUACAAAGUUCAGGAAUAGAGAAAUCUAACGCACUUUGCAUUUCUCUCUUGAAUCAGCUUAUGGAAACCAGUGACUGUUUUUUUUUUAUAGCUGCUUAAUAAUAUACUGUACUACCUAUACUAAUAAUAAUUGAUGACUACUCUAUUCUUUUUUUAGAUUCUUAUUCUUAUUAUUGUUUUGCUCCAAUUUAUCAACACAAGAAUGUGUGUUGCAUUUAAAGCCUUGAUCUAUUUUCCAUAAGGGAAUAAAAUCACUUUCACUGCA